AACAGAAAUCAACAGCUAGUCGAUUUUCAUCAUCGAAAAACUCCUAAUUUCCCCGAGUGUUCCCACCCAACUUCUCAUGACAAGCUUGGUGUGCAACUUGACACCUCUCGCUUAAGUGGAUCCCCCACACAGUGCGAAACAUUGCGAUAGUUAUUACAUGUAUUCGUGAGAAAAAUGACCUUGAAAAUCGCAUUUUUCACACUAAUAUUGCUUGUUUCUAUCGAAAGAGUGUAUUCCAGCGACGAGGAGUACCGUCUGCUAAAGGAUUUGCGUGAGGGGUAUGACCCAGUAGAACGGCCUGUUGCGGAUCACCGCAAGCCUGUAAAUGUGAAACUUCGCCUGAUCCUCCAACAACUGGUAGACGUCGACGAAAGAAAUCAAGUGAUCACCCUAGUUGUCUGGAAUCAAUACACGUGGAAUGACUACAAACUACGAUGGUCUCCUGAGGAGUACGGUAAUAUUACUACGUUGCAAAUUCCCCAUGGUACACUAUGGAAACCCGAUAUUCUGUUAUUCAACAGUGCGAAUGAGCAUUUUGAUGCAAGCUUCCCUGUGCAUAUGGUAGUGUCGAGUAAUGGAGAUGUGCUCUUUGCACCGCCCGGGAUUGUGUCAUUCUCGUGCUCACUUUCCAUGACAUGGUUCCCGUAUGAUCAACAAGUUUGCUAUUUGAAGUUCGGCUCCUGGACGUACGGAAAAAAGCUCGACCUCCAAAUCGACGACUCUGACCUUCCGGACGGACACAAAAUGGAUCUACAGUACUACAUCCCGAAUGGCGAGUUUGACUUGCUCGCCACGCCCGCAUUCCGAAAAUCCACGACUUUUCUCGACGAGACCUACGUUGAAUUGUACUUUCACAUGCAUUUGAAACGGAGAACAAUGUAUUAUGGAUUGAAUUGGAUUGUCCCAUCGAUUUUGAUCUCGUUGAGCAACAUUUUGGGAUUUACGAUGCCACCAGAGUGCGGAGAAAAGAUUACACUACAAAUCACAAACUUCCUAUCCGUGAUGGUAUUCCUCGCUAUGGUGUCCGAAGUGGCUCCGCCCACUUCUGAGUCAAUUCCCAUAAUCGCCGCGUUUUUCUCCUUAUCUAUUGUAAUUCUGGGGCUCUCGAUUUGCGCAAGUCUCAUCAUCGUCAACAUUUUCUUCCGGCACCCAAAGACUCAUCGGAUGGGCGACUGGACCCGCUACGUGUUCCUUGAAUGGCUUCCAUGGUUCCUGUUGAUGAGCCGCCCGGAGCACACAUUCUGCAGACCGCGGCGAGAAGAGGAGAAGAACGAUGAAGAAGCUGGGGGUGAUGGCACGAAGUUGCUUGAAAACCAGCAACAUCAGCCACGCCCACGACUUUUGGUGAAUAGUCAGUUGGUGAUGGACUCGACGGUACCCUACUUGGAAGAAAUUAUCGGCUACUUGAAGGUUUUUAAGGCAAAACUCGAUGACGACGAGGAGGAGGAAGAAGAGAUCCUGAACUGGAGAUUCAUGGCAAUGGUGAUCGAUCGGCUUUCUCUGUUCCUCUUCACUGGUCUUAUAUUCGGCACCACAGCACUUAUUUUCGCAUUCUGCCCGAAUUUGUUCACGGAUAGUCCGAUUGUUGAUAUUGAAUAAACAGAAUACA